AAUCUGUACGACCAGUCUCGGCGGGACUACAAAGACAACCUGAAGGGCCACCUGUCGUGGAGAGAGAUCGCAGACAACAUGGGAAAGUCUGAGGAGGAGGUGAAGCUCAAAUGGAAAAACCUACGCGACAAGUUCUGCAAAGCGAAGAAGCGAAUGGCCAAGAGAAACUUCCCCCUGCUGACAGACGACGAGAACCCGGUGGAGAGGCCCGUCCCGGUGCUGUACAACCAGCUGGCCUGGCUCAGCGCCUAUGUCAAACCCAGACCAGGAACCGGAACGGGAGAGACCGACGAGGGAAAUGGAAGUGGUGAUGACCUGGAGAAAGAGCGAGAUAAAGACGAGAAGCACUGUCCCCUGCCCGUCGUCAGUACUAGCUAUUCUCUUGCGGAGCACUGUCCAAACAGCCAUCAGGAGAUCGGAGUCCCUCUGAAACGUAAAAGGCAAACCACCACAGAAACUGAGAUAAGUUCUGCAGACGCCCUCACCAACCUCAGAGAUGAAGAUGAACUGUUUCUGCUUAGCCUUCUGCCCUCGUUGAAGAGGCUUACCAUUAAAAAAAGAAUGGAGGUGCGGAUGAAAUUCCAGCAAGUGCUUUAUGCUGCAGAGUUUGAGGACUAAAGGGCUCAUUACAUGGCAAUAAAAACACUGUUAUUGUACGAGUACAAUUCUUCAAGCAUGCAACCUGUAAAUAUAUUUUUUUAACCAUUACAACUUGUUAAUAUUUAUUUUUGGAUCACCUCUGCUAUUAAACAUAUCAAUAUGUAGAUCUUUAUAAAUCACUGUUAUCAGAGUUGUCCAUCAAGAACUUUGUCUCUUGGUUUGAAAACAGAGAGAAGUGUCUUUAUUUUGAAUGUAGGUGAAGGAGCCACCCUUUUGUUACUAGUUAGAAAUUAAAGUAAACAGUUAGUUUAUUAGGUACAUGUGCAGGAAAUGUUAUGCAAUCAAACACAACAGCCCUAUAAUAACCCUUUUAAAGCUCAACUAAUUUUUGAGGCAGUAUUUUGUCAUGUUAUUGUAUCAGACUGUAUUACAUCGAAGGAUAUGUUUGAAUAUAAAUGUAAUUUGAGAACGCACAAAUACCACAACUACACAAUAUUAUUACUGCUUAACAUUUAACCUGUCUUUCACUGCUCAGUGUCAAGGUUGUCGGAUAAACUCCUGACCUGGGGUACAUUUUUUUUUUUACCAAUGUAGCUACAAAUUGGAGAAGUUAGGAAAUUUCAUCCAAAUUAGCUCCAAGAAUUAUUCUGCUCUUCAUUGCUGCCUCCUUCAUUUCAAAAGAUUUUUGUAGAUUAGACAGAGCUCACCGACUGAACAUAAAUAUCUCUCCUUUAUCUUUCUGAAAGGAGACAUUUGUACUGUAUAUUUUUUGCAAAUAAAUAUUUUCAUUUUCC